AGAAAGGUUUCACUUACAAGAAGGGCGACUGGAAGUCACUUUCCCAUUGCUUCCCCAGCCAAGCAGACUCUAUUGAGCUAUCAGAAAGGGUGCAAGCAGAGGACGUUUUUCCACAAUAUCUUCUCCUAGUGAGGGUUGUUUGUGGGGAUGAAGUUCAGAGUGCUUUUAAUGAUGCUCCUUGCGGUUGUAGUGGAUGGAGCAACAGUUGAAGCCCCAAGUGAUCUUAAAUGCUAUAAGAAUUCCACUGAAAUGGAUGAAGACUUUACAUGUACUUGGAGACCUGGGGCUUCUGGUGAGAAUUUUAACUACACACUACAUUAUUGUGUACAUGUAAUGGGAAUUAGCUGCAAGUACAUUGAUGCUGGACGGAGCCAUAAUGUCCUUCUGGUCUAUGAAUGGGUCAUCACCGGAAAAGAGAUGCACAUGUGGGUGGAUGCUCAUAUGGGCAGCUCUAAAUACCGCUCAGCCAACUUCACUAUGGUUCUGAAGGAUCAAAUUCGGUAUGAUGCUCCCCAUAUUAAAAGCAUGUCACGGUCAUCUGGAAACCUGACUCUGUACUGGAAGAACCCACCGCGGGAAAAGGAGGCAAUUAUAAAUGAGAUUCAGUUCCGAAGAGAGGGGGAACAAUCGUGGCAAAAUAACACAUUGGAAACACAAGGUGAAAAUAAACUAGAGGAAUACACUCUGACCAUCCAGAAAGAUGCAGUUUAUGAGGUCCGAAUUAAACGUAGGGCCAAGCACCUACGCACCCACAUAUGGAGCGCCUGGAGCAACGCCAGUAAAGUGCCCAUUGAAAUCCAUAAUCAGCCCGAGGUUAAGUGGAAUGUGGGGGAACUGAAAAGGGGUGUGCGCCUGCUGAAGCUGAGCUGGACGGCACCCCCAGAGGCUGAGUCAGUAGGAGGAGUGAAAUACAUGCUAUCCCUUGUUAUUACGACUUGUCAGAGAAAACCCAAGACCAUCUCAAGGACGACCACCCAGUACAAAAUUAAUGUGACUGCUUCUGCUGUCAGUGUGACCAUUGCGGCUGUUAACAAUGUAGGGGAGUCACCAAAACAGAUUUUCACUGUCCCAGCACAGCACCUCACACACUGCCCUAAAGACCAGGUUGACCAUUUGAAGGAGAAGAAACGUAAGAAAUGUGUGGAGAUGUAUGAGCUGACAGGGGACACCAGUACAGGCUCUGUGUAUAGCAACAUGUCUAAAAACGCCACACAUGCGUUGAAUGAAAUAAAGAGGAAAGAGAUGAAAGACUUUGUGCGCUAUCAUUACUUUGUACACAUUGGAGCAAAUAAGCCACAGACGAUAGCAUUGUGCCCCAUUUACAAGACAGAGGGAGUACCCACACAGGGGCCUCCAAAUGUGACUGUUGCAGAAGUAACAUACAACUCUGCCCUGGUGUCUUGGCACCCUAUUCCAAUAACUCAUCAGCAAGGCUUUCUGAAGAAUUAUGUCCUUUACAUCACAAGAGGGAAUGACACAAAUGUAGUAAAUGUCUCACAAUUUCAAACAAACUACACCAUUCAGAAUCUUACUCCUGGAACCCUUUACAUUGUAAAUGUUGCCGGGGAAACAGCUAUGGGUGUGGGACCAAACACAACAAAGGAGAUACUAUUGAAUCCACUACAAGGCGUAUCUGGCUGGAACUGGGUGAUUGUAGGCCUCGUUGUUGCUCCUGUGGUCCUCACAAUUUUCUGCAGUUUCAUCGUUAAAAGAUUAAAACAUAAGCUGCUACCAGAAAUUCCAACUCCAAUGAUAACAGACACACGCGCAAAUAAUUUCAGGAAUGAUGAGCAACUGUAUCCAGCGGAGGAGGAGCUGCAUCCUGUUAUCCUGGUUCAUGAUCUGCAAGACAAAAGCAACAUACCUCCGCCACCCCUCGAUCAGAGCCCCCUGCUGGAGGAGUGUGAAACCACACUCUGUGAAGACGAGGACAGGGAGACGCAGAUUGACUCAGACGCCUUUGGAUUAAGUCUCACCCUGAAUCCUGAUUAUAAGAGGCAGACGCUGGGCCUCCCAGCACCCCUGGAGUUAACGGAGCACAGCCACGAGCAAGCCGAGUGCGAGGCCACCACUCCUGUCUACAGGAACGGCCUGGUCUUUGAACUUAAAGUCGAGAACGCUUCAGAUAUCAGGACACAGCUAUAGCUGAUUCUGGAAUGACCCACACACCUGGGCACAGAGGAGCUCUUCAAGAAAUUUGCUGAGUGUGUUAAAGAUGGAUUGCCAAUGCUUACCUAUUCAGGACUAACAAGGGCUACAUACUGUAUUUGCUUACAUAAAAUGAAACCAAGUUAACAUGAAUAUAGUAUGCUAUUUCUGCAGUUCAUCAAACUUCUGUUCAGAGACUUGGGUUGAAGUGUUUAAAAGCAUAAUUCGAAUACUGUGUGAUUGGAGUGUUUUCUUUUGUGUUUUUAAAGAUAUAAACCAAAUCACUUCACCAGUGGAGUUAACGGAGCACGGCCACGAACAAGCUGACUGCCGGAUCACCGUCUUGUUCUUUGUGGUUAUGUACUUUGCAGACAUCAGAGAAAACCUGAAAAAGUCCCUCAAGAUUUAUGUACACUUUGAUUAUAGGGUUGUUAUUCAAUUUUAACAACCCUACAAUAGAACACAUUUCAGAGGGCAGGAAAUGAUAAGUCAUCAAGAAGCAAGAUUUUU